GCGGGGUCCAGUCGCGCCCUCCAAUUCCCUUGCAGGACCUGUGCUCCCGCCGGCCUGCCGCAAGUGCAUAGAGAAGAUGUUGAGUGGCAACAGGGAUUCAAGAGACAGAUGGUUGGUGUGGAGAAAAAAUGAGGGAGCAUGGACAUCCCGGGGUAUAAUGCUAGGCCCGUUGGGGCAAGGCAGCCUGGGCUCUAAUUAUAUGGAUUUGGUGCACAAUCAAGACCGGAAUCAGAGCCAUGAUUAAAGUAGUUGCUGUCACGUAGACAGCAGGCCGCUUUCUAUUCCCUCAAGGUUGGACUGUUCUUGGCUAAAGGUGGUAAACAACUUCGAGGAAAAACAAGAUGUGAAAAAAUGAGGGAGCUUGCUUAUCACAGAAACCGCAAGUAGAAUGAACAUGAAAAUGUAAACUAUCAGCUGCUGUUGCUGAGCUAGCUUGAAGCCUGCAUUGUAUAUAAGUUAGAGCCUGCUUUUAAUAAAGUGAAGAUUUCUGCUAUCACUCACAUUGAGUAGGACUAGAUUUCUUCCCACCCAGCUGAGAGUUGGAUCCUAGGCUAAGAGCUGCAAAACUUCGCAACAGUUGGUACUGUGGUACUUUGAGCAUCUGCUGAAACUGCAGGUAGCAGAGUUUGUGCAGGUGUUAGAAACACUGAGUCAACGAUCCUCUGAUGGCAGCAAAAUCCCGAGUGCUGGCAGUUGCCCACAAGCUUCUUUGUGACAAGCCUGAGCUGGAAAAAGUUUUGCUUGUUCAGCUGAACUGCAUUAAGAGAAAAGACGUUGAGUCCAAAAUGCUCAGUGCUCUUCUCUGCGGGGUAAACAGACUGGUGAUGAGAAAAUGAAAGAGGAAAUGAACUCACUGUUUAAAGUUCUGCAUUUUGUGAACUUUGGCACCAGUAUCCAGGCCCUGAUGUUACUGUUCCAAGCGAUGGACUCUCAGGAGACCAUGUUGGAUAGGUACUAUGCAGCACUCUACAAGAGUUGGAUGAUGAAGAGUGCUCUAAGGAUCAAGAAGAGGCAGAAGAGGAUGAGGAAAAAAUUAUGGAUGCAGACAAAGAAGACAAAGGUGAAGAGAGGGCUGCAACAGAAAGUUCUGCUAAAACAAAUGAUUCUGAUUCAACAGCCUCAUGAAUGCAUCAUCUGAAUAUGGGAGAAAACACCAGCAGUGUGGUAAUGCAGCCGAAGAAGAAGCAGUGUAUGAAAGAUAUGAAUAAUCUUGCAGUCAACAGUAAGGAAUUUUGUGCCAAAGAUGAAAGCAAAAUCCCAGUGGAUGAAGUGUUUUUUCACAGAUUUUAUUCAAAGUUCGAUAAGAGGAGAGAGAAACAAAAGCGUCAGGAUGAUGAAGAAAGUCUGGAAGAUGUAGAUGAUGAAUUUGAAAGAGCAUUGGAUACAUUCGAAGCUGCUGAAAAUGCCAUUGAUGCUGGCCAGGAUGACCUGGAUUUCGCUAGAUGUAAACAGUGACAAGCUUGUCAGUAAAAAGGGCAAGACAUGAGUGUUGUGUGAUCACUUGAAGGAUCCAAACAAGGAAAGAAGAGAAAACUCAAGGAUGCCUGUAUACUGGCAUCUGCAGAAGAGUUAGGCUACCUACUGGAUGAAAAUGCUGGGUCUAAGUUUGACAAUAUUGGCAUGAACGCCAUGGCCAACCGAGAUAAUGUAAGUACAAUGCUACAGAGUGCAGAUAGUUAUAACGCUGGUUCUUUCUCUUCAGAUCGUUUCCUUAAAAAGAUGUACCUUAACUGAAAUAUACACACAGUGUCACACAAUAGGGACAGUAGCUCGAUGUCAAUAAGACAACCUUCUUAGUUACAAGAGAUGCCCGGUGC